AUGUGCUGGACACUACCAAACCAAUCUCAGCGACAAUCGGAUGACUCGACCCCAACCACCUGCAAUCUAACAGAGGAGGUCGACGCAAUCAUCGCAGUGACAAAGGGUUUCCUCUCCGCCUUGGAAACAAAGUCUCGCGAUGACUUCGACAAGUACUGCGUCAAGGCAGGAGGGAUGGCGCUCUGGCCCCCGCCGCCCAGCGUGCCACGAUUUUGCACAAUUGGCGCCUUUGUCGAGCACAUUUCCAAGAUCAAGGACAAUAUCGACGAGCGCAUCUGGGACCCUGAAGUGAAGGUCCACGAGUCGGCGAAUCUAGCGGCUGUGUGGGCCCCAUUCAGGGCGAAGAUCAAUGGGGUUGUGGACCAUGUGGGCGUCGAACUGUUCGUGCUCCAUAAGAUGAAUGGGGAAUGGAAGGUGACUGGUCUGGCUGAUUCGUGUCGACGACCAACGGAGGAUGAGAAAACAUCACUGGCCUGA